CGUUUGGCUAAAAACGCGGAGGGUUUACCCUUUUUUCUUUGUUUGGGUUUAAAUGGGCGGUCGCUGCGGUACCGCCGCUGGGUUCCGAUGAUUUACAUGGUGAAGAGCCGCCCUUGUAACAGCCGGGGCCCCAGAAGGUCAAGCUAAUGUUAACGUUAGCAGCCUGGUGUUUGUUUCCUGACCUCGCUGACCCAACCAUGGUACUGAGGGAGGUCCCGACUGAAAACAUCGCUCGUCCUCUGGGCAGGAACGAGGUCAUCGGCCUUCUUUUCCGUCUCACCAUAUUUGGCGCCGUCACUUACUUCACCAUUAAGUGGAUGGUGGACGCCAUCGACCCCACCCGGAAGCAGAAGGUGGAGGCUCAGAAACAGGCAGAGAAGUUGAUGCGUCAGAUCGGAGUUAAAAACGUGAAGCUGUCUGAGUACGAGAUGAGCAUCGCUGCUCACCUGGUGGACCCGCUGAGCAUGCAGAUCACCUGGAGGGACAUCGCAGGCCUGGAUGAGGUGAUCACAGAGUUAAAGGAAACAGUAAUCUUACCUGUGCAGAAAAGACACCUGUUCCAGGGAUCCAGACUACUGCAGCCUCCUAAAGGCGUGCUGCUGUAUGGGCCCCCUGGCUGCGGCAAAACACUGAUCGCCAAGGCGACAGCAAAGGAGGCGGGUUUUCGCUUCAUCAACCUGCAGCCAAGCACGUUGACAGACAAGUGGUACGGAGAGUCUCAGAAACUGGCUGCCGCCGUCUUCUCGCUGGCCGUGAAGCUGCAGCCGUCCAUCAUCUUCAUCGAUGAGAUCGACUCAUUCCUGAGGAGUCGAUCUAGCUCUGACCAUGAAGCCACGGCCAUGAUGAAAGCUCAGUUUAUGAGUCUGUGGGACGGACUGGACACCGACUAUCACUGUCAGGUGAUCAUUAUGGGGGCAACUAACCGUCCUCAGGACCUGGACUCUGCCAUCCUCAGGAGGAUGCCCACCAGGUUCCACAUCAACCAGCCGAGUGAGAAGCAGAGGGAGCAGAUCCUCACUUUGAUCCUUGACAACGAGAAUGUGGACUCGUCUGUCGUCCUCUCAGACGUCGCCAAAGACACAGAUGGUUUCUCAGGAAGUGACCUCAGAGAGAUGUGUCGAGAUGCCGCACUACUCUGUGUGCGAGAGUUUGUCCACAAUCAGAGCAACAGUCCGACUGAUGACAUCAUCCGUCCGAUCUGUCAGUCUGACCUCAGGAAGGCGAUCGGUAAGAUGAGGAAAUCUAAGUCAGCAGGGGGAGUGGUCCUGCUGCAUGCUGCUCUGGACUGAACCAGAACCUGACCCAUGAGCUCAGCCUGCAACUUUGGGCCGGUUUCUGACUCGUUUACAUGUUUAACAUGUGCCACUGAUUGUUUUUAUUUAAAUCAGCUGAUCCUGGCAGUGAUGCAUGGGACUGAAACCAAAUCAGUUCCUUUGACAUAAAAAAAAAUCACGAAGCUCCAGUUGUUGACUUUGUUGUUGUUUGUUUCUGCUGUUUAACUGCUGAUUACCACUGUAAAUAAACUGACAUGUUCUCAGAA